UUUUUUUUUUGGUUCUCCCUUCCCCUCCCCACUUUCAAUCUUUGAUUGAAUAGUUUUCAAACUUUGAGUUGACUUUUGUGUGUCUGCCUCUCUGGAGCCUCGAGAUCACCUUGCUUUCUCCACUUCUUCCGCUACCUUCUGAGCAAACAAACCAAACCGCAAACGGCCACGCAUUUUGCUUGCUCCCCCCCCCCACCGCCAGCACACUCACACACAUUCACUCACACACACUCACUCACACUCACACAAAACCAUGACCUCCGUCGCAACGGCCCAGCAGUACGCUUCGCGACUCUACUUUUCGGCGGGCGGCUGGCUUCUGCCCAAUUAUGUCGCGCGCCAGGCAGCCGACAUCUUUUUCACACCCCGCCGCUACACGCCGCCCGAGUUUGAGCAGCGACUGGCUGCAACGUCGACGGAUUUGGCACACUCGGAGCCAUCGCUCCAGGGAAUCAAGCUCUACUCGUGGGGACGAACCACCGACCCUGCCGUUAUUCUCGUGCACGGCUGGGAAGGUCGUGGCACGCAGCUCGGCUACUUUGUCGAGCCGCUCGUCAAGAGCAACCGCCGGGUGAUUGCCAUUGACAUGCCCAACCACGGCAAGAGCGUCGACGGCAAGGCCAACGCGGCCGUGUUUGGCCAAACGCUCAAGAAGGUUGCCGAGGUUGUUGCCAGCGGCGGCAACAAGGUCGAGGGCGUCAUUGGCCAUUCGAUGGGCGCGGGCGCCACGCUCGGCGCGAUUCACAAUGGCCUUCUCGAUGUGGGCAUUCGCAAGGUUGUCUUGAUCGGCGGGCCUGCCACCUACCACGAGGUCAUUGAGCGAUUUGGCGGCCUGAUUGGUCUGGCAAAUGCCGCCAUGCCACACCUCUUUGAGGAGGUCCAGGCGCGUGUCGGCCUGGCCAUCUCCACCGACCCCUUGACCCAUUCUCUCGGAGGCGCGCCGUUGGUCGACCAGGUGCAGCAUUCCCGGUUUUUGCUCAUCCACGAUCGCCACGACAAGGAG